CUGUAGCAAAAAUAUUGUGCGAUAGCAUUUUAUGCCCUGUAGUUUGGAGUCAUGGACGUUAUCGAAAAGAGAAUAAACAGCAUUGCGAAUGAAGCCGAGGAGGCGCUGAUUUCAAAAGAGAUUGACGAAAUAAGUCGGUAUUCUCUGUCCAAUCAGUUGAGGGCAGGUUUUUUUGGACAAGAUGCCUGUGUCCAAACUGACGAAUCAGAGCUGCCAAAUAUAAAGAUUCUCACUGCCGACACUGCAGAUCUUAUGAAGGAAAUGCACUUGUUUAAAGAAGGCACUGAAAAGAAACUGAAAAUAAUAGAUUUCCAGUAUGAGACCAAACUGCAGGAAGAAUCUGAUGCCCUUUAUUCAAGAAUGAAUGAGAAAAUCAAAAAUCAAGAAAACUGCUACAAAGAGAAAUUAUCUGUUCUCCGGAGAAGCUAUCAGCAGCAGCUCUCUGAUGCUAUGCAGGUGAUCAAAGCCAGCUAUAAGAAUAAGGAAGACACGGAUCUGGUUUGUGAUGUUACUGAUGGAAGAGUAAAGGACCUUCUGAAUGAGCUUCAGGAGAAGAACCUGAAGAUUGAGUGUAUAAGUGAACAGCUGAAGAAAUAUGAGAUCGGCACGGAGGACCUAGAAAAAAGCAGACUGAAGUCAGAGAAUGAAAAGCUAAAAGAUAACAUUGACUUGUUGCACGUCGAGCUGGAAGAAAUUCACAGAGUCCUGGAAUCCAAAGAGCAGAGUCUGGCACAGUUGAAAUCAGAGGCAGACGACAGCAAAAAGGCCCUUCAAAUGUUGACAGGUGAACAUGGACAACUGAAAAUGCAGUUAAACUUUGAGAGAGAAAGUGGCAGAGAAAAGAUAAAACAGUUAAAAGAGGAGAUGAAGAAAGAAAUUGCAUGCAUUGAAGCCUCACGCUUGAAGGAGAAAGCUGCCACUGAAAUUGAGAAGCGUAAGGCAGCAGAACUUACAACCAUGGAGCUUCUUGGGGAUAUAGAGCUGGUUCAAAAAAUUAAAGAACAUAGAAAGACUGAAGCAGUGCUGAAAAAGGAGAUUGAAAGGCUCAAUAAGCAGUUGUGCAUGUCCAAUCAGGUGUGGGAAAAGAAGUUUGAGAUUUUAAGACAGAGUUUCCAUGCCAUCAAGGAUGAGAUGUUUUUACGGCAGACUUUGCAGCGGCAGGAGGCCAUUCUGCACAACGCCUCAGUCAGUUUUGCGAUGGAUGCUCCUUGCUCACCACAGCAGAAGAGUCCAGCAGAGGAUACUGUUAAAAGGUUGUACCUAAACAGCAAAGUGGCUCCUUUGCCACGUAUAGAUGCUGGAGGCCAGCAGAAAGGGGACAGGGUCGUGGACAUCAGUCCACGGAGUGAAAGAGGUGCAGAUGCUCUCCCUGGAUUAGAUUCCCAGGUGACCCUUGCAGACGAGGAAGAUGAAGUAUAAACUGGAGUUCGUUCUUUCUUGUAAACAGGCAACCACAC